GUCUGUGCACAUUCGAACGCCGUCCAAAAGACUUCUGCGGCACUCUGUUCUAUUUAUGCCCAGAAAUUCUUCAACGGAAGGAAUAUGACGCUUACUGCGAUUGGUGGGCGUUUGGAAUUGUAUUAUACCAGAUUUUGUUCAAAAAAACUCCAAUGAAAAUUUACGUGGAAAAUCUUAUGAGCUUUGAAGAUUUCAAGAUAUUGCCGAUUACCGAAAGAAUCAAAAUUGCUGAAGAAGUGGAGUUAAAGUAUCCUUUUGAAUUAUCAGAGGAUGCCAAACAAAUAAUCCAGAAUUUGUUACAGAAAAAUCCUGAAAAACGUCUUAGAGAAAGAAAAAUCAAAAAACAUAAAUUUUUCGAUGAUGUGCAGUGGCCAAUAAUGCCCAAGACUUGAAUUUUUACUUAAGAUAUUCACAAAAUAUUUUGAAAGGAU